ACCAUAUCCUGCUAGUACAAAACCAAAACACAAGAUAUGACUCUGUAUUAAGUUUGCGAAGUAUCUGCAAUAACCAUAGACAUCGUGUUGACUCUGUUGGGUCGGGUUUGUGUGUGACAGGAGACUGAGAAGAUACUGAACAGCCGACUGACGGAAAUGGAGGAUCCUGAAGGUACUGCAUCUGAAUCUGCGGCUCCAUCACCAGCAGGUGCACCCAAAUCAAAGUUGGACACACUGUCCAAAGAUGAUCUCAUCAAAUAUGCCAAAAAACAAAUAGCCGCCAUGCAAAAGAUGAAGGGCAAAUGUGCAGACUUGGAAAAAGAAAUUGACACCCUCAAACAACAAUCCAAAAGCAGUAACAACAGUUUAGAGGAUGCUUCUCUAAUACAGGAGCUGACUGAGAGGAUGGAUGCCUUACUACUGGAAAAGGCCGAAACUCAACAAAGUCUUGCACUCUCCCGUAAAGAGCUUGAGAAAACUAAGCAGCAAGCAAAGGAUGAUCUUGCAGUGCUUCAAAGUGAGCGUGAAUGUUUAAUGGCAGAUCAGCAAAGGAAAAUCAAAACCCUAGAGGCCAGCAUUGAGGAGUCCAACAACAAACACAAGGAAGAAGUGGCUCAUUUCCAGAAAUUGCUGAUGGAGUGGAAAGAAAAUGACAGACAAAGGGAGAGCGAAAGAGAGAAGGAUCGUCAAGCAGAUUUUGCCAGUGCAAAAGAGAGUGCAGAUGAGAUCAGACUACAUUUAGAAGCUCAGCUUGAAGCCCUUCGAUCUGAACUGAAGGUGAUCCAAGAGAGAAGUUCCCAGGAGAUAGCUGAGUUAGAGGAAAACCACCAAAGGGAGUUAACUAAGGCCCUGCAGGAGGUGGAGAACCUGAAGGAAGAGCUGGCUCAAAAGAAUCUCCAGCAUGAGGAGGAAAUGAGAGCUCUGGAGGAGGACUGUGAAAUUGAGAGAGAUCGUCUCUUGUUGCUCCACGAGGAGCUAACUGAGCAGCUUGCACUCAAAGACAGCUACCUCCAGGAUGUUCAGGAGGAAGAUGAGGAACCUCCCCGUGGUUCAGGGAUCGCCAAAAUGCUUGAGCUGUCUGGUUGCAGUCAGGCUGACACCAGUCAUGUCGAAGGAGAGGAGACAGAGACCAGCAGACUGAAGGUGGCCCUGGAUGAUCUACAAGCCCAGAACACCAUGUUACAGGAUGAGCUAACCCUGCUCAGUAAUGUGAAGAGUGAGCUUGAGGCAGAGCUGGAGAAGAUCAAGGAGGAGUUCCAAAUGGAGAAGGAAGAGCUAGAGUUUAAAAUCAAUGAGCUGAAAAUGACUAAGGAUAAUACUUCUACUGACCCUGUAAUAACACUGGAUCCUCAUCAACAAGAGGCCCAUAGAGAGUUUAAAGAGUCAGACAUAAGUCCGACUCAAGACCAGGACCAAAACUCUCUUAGCCUAGAGGAGCAGCAGAGGCUGAACCAGGAGCUGAAAACCCAAUGUGAGGCCUUGACUAGUGAGCGAGACUCUGCCCUAGCUGAGUGCCAUCACAUGAGGGAGAUACUCCAAAGUGUAGAGGCAGAAUUGGGUGAGAAAACAAAAGAUUUUGUUCUACAGUACCAAGCCAUGAAAGAACAAGGAGCUAAUACUGUGCUGAACCUCCAGGAAAAGAUUGAACAGCUCAGUCAGGACAGAGAUGAGCUACUAGCUAAGAUGAGGGAGGUUACAGAGGAGAAAAGCACUCUGAUGGCAAAUAUGCAAGACCUAAAGCAAAAGCUUGACGGCAUCGUAGCUGAGAAUAAAAAACUUCUGUCCUCCGAGAAGGAGGAAACAGGUUUAGCCUGUGAGUUGAAACAAUCUGUAGAAAGUCUGACGAGGCAGAAUGAGGAGAUCUUCUCCCAACUAGAAAUGAAGGAGUGCCUGAUUCACGAUCUGAAUAAAACCAACAGCACACUGACAGAAGAACGGGACAAAAUCCAACAUCUGUUGAAGCUUAAAGAGGUUGAAAUGCAACAACUGAACAAUGAGAAAACGCAAGAAAUUCAGAAGCUGGAGGAGGAGAGAGACAAAGAGACACUUCUGCUCCAAGACGAGAAAGAAAAGCAGCUGAAAAACUUAAAAACAGAAACAGAGGAUGAAGUGAGAUGUCUAAAAGAGGAGAGAGAAAAGGCAGAAGACCGACUAAAAAAGGAGAUUGUCAUUCAUGAGGAAGCACUUUCUUCUUUGGAGCAGACUGUAAAGGAGCUCACAGCAGAAAAGGCUGGUCUCCAUCAGAAGUGGCAGGAGGCUUUAUCAGAGCUAUCCAAGGCUCAGGAAGAACGAGAACUUGCGGGCUCCAAACUUGCAGCUCUGGAUGCGCAACUGGAGCAGGAAACAUCUGACAAACAGCAUCUUGAAGCAAAACUGAAUUCAUUAACAGAGGAGGCAAAACAGACCUAUGCUUCCAUGCGUGCGCUGGAGGAGGAUCAGUCUGAAGGCCUCAAAAAGUCAGCCGAAGAGCUCAAGGAGCUCCAAACACGCAUUGAUGAGCUAGAAAAGGAAAGGAACCUGUUGAAGAGCCGCCUUGAAGAGGUUCAAGAUGGGAAAGCCUUGGAAGAGAUGCAAAAGGACUUACAGGCUCACAUCUCUGACCUGGAAAAGGAGAGAAACAUGUUAAAAAACAACCUAGAAGAAGUGGUGAUGGAUGCAGAAGGACUGCAAAAAGACCUGCAGGAUAUGAGGUCAGUUAAUGAGAAGAUAUGUGACGAGAACCAGAAACUACAGGCUCAGAUUUCUCUGUUGACUAAAGAGGAGGAAGAGAAGGAGGAGAUGGAUAGAGAGAUGGAAAACAUGGAGAAAGAGAAAAUGGAGCUCAGAGAGCAGCUGACGGAGAAGGACUCGCUUAUAUCGCAGCUGAGGAGGGAAAUGGCUGCUCUCAAGGAGUCUGAUGCUCAGUCUGCUUCUUCUGAGGAAAAUGCAACCAAUGAGAUGACAAAGAAAUUAGCUGUACUGGAAAACGAAAUCAAAGCAAAGGAUGAGAAGAUGAACAAAAUCAAAGCAGUUGCUGUCAAAGCCAAGAAAGAAUUGGAUAUCAGCAAGAAGGAGGUUUUAACACUCAAGGAGGAAGUAGCUUCUCUGAAAGCAGAGAGGGAGAAGGUGAACAGUUCUAUGAAAGAUAUCAUCCAUGGGGCAGAGGGUUACAAGAACCUGCAGAUAGAUUACGACCAGCAAACAGAGCAACUGGAUAAGGAGAGAGAGAAGGCGGAGGCGGCAGAGAGACAGAUUGCUGAGCUGACCAAACGACUCAGCAGUGCUGUCACACAGAAGGAGACACUAAGCAGUGAAAAGGAGGACCUGCUUGCUGGUUUGGAGACCUUGAGGAGCACAACAAAGCAGCUGGAGGCCAAGAAUCAAGAGCUGCAGAAACAGUUAACAAACCUGGACAGAGAGCUUUUAGCAGAGAGAGCCAUGAAAGAACAAAAGCAGAAGGACUUGUCAUCUGCCAUGAAGGAGGUGGAAGAGCUGACAUCCCAGCUCCACAAGCAACAGCAGCAGUCUCAGCAGACUGCCCAGGAGCUGGAGCAGCUACGCAAGGAGGCGCAGCAGAGCUCCCUGCUGGACAUGGAGAUGGCCGACUACGAACGUCUGGUGAAAGAACUCAAUGGAAAACUCUCAGAGAGAGACGAGUAUGUUGAGGAGUUAAAGGCCCAGAUAAAUUCAUUAAACCACAAGCAGGAGAUGCUCAAGCAGGAAAUUGAGGCUUUAAAGUCCCAGCUGGACCAGGAAGAAGACAAGACCUCCAAAAUUAAACAGCUGCUAGUGAAAACCAAGAAGGACUUAGCUGACGCAAAGAAACAGGAAAACUCCCUCAUGGUGCUGCAGGCGUCUCUGAAAGGAGAGCUGGAGGCUAACCAGCAGCAGCUAGAAAGCUUAAAGAUUGAGAUGUGUGAACUGACAGCAGAGCGCCAUCAUCUCCAAGAACAGCUGAGAUCUGCUUUGGAGCAGCAACAGAGAACCAGCAGCUCCCUGCAGCAACGUAUCCACAGUCUGCAGCAGGAAAGAGACUCUGCUAAGGCUGAGCUCUUGGAGACAACAGCAGAGUUUGAGAGUUACAAGGUGCGAGUCCACAACGUACUCAAACAACAGAAGAGCAAAACCAGUGUGCAGAGUGAGGGAGACUCUGGGAAGCAAGAGAGGGAGCAGUUGUUCUCUCAGGUAGAAAAGCUGAGGACCAGACUGGCAGAGAGCCAGCAAUGUCUCCAGAGCUGCACAGUGGAGCUCCAACAGCUCCAGACUGAACACGAUACCCUCCUGGAGAGACACAAUAAAAUCCUCCAGGAAACUGUUAGCAAGGAGGCCGAGCUCCGCGAGAGGCUUUUGUCAUUACAGUCGGAGAACGUGACCCUACGAUCAGACGUGUCCCAGGCUCAGGCUGACUUGUCUUCCCAAGUCGAAACCCAGAGGCAGACUUACAGAGAACAGCUCAGGAAGCUGCAGGAUGAUCACCGGGCUACCGUGGAGACCCUGCAGGGACAGCUGACCCGAGUCGAGGAGCAACUCUUCAACCUCCAAAGCCAGAACAGUUCUGUGUCGGUCCAGUCAAGCCGUAAGCCUCUAGCAUCAGACCUACAGCGCAGAAACACUGAUCAGAACCAAGCUGGGUUUGGAAUAACGCCCUUUAGCGACCUCCAAUCUAUGGCCAGGGAGGAGGGAGAAGGGAUGGAGACCUCUGAGACUGAGAGAUCCUCCCCAGCUUUCAUGCCUCUGCCCUCUCUGGAGCAGCUACUCACAUCCCCAAAUCCCAAAGAAGAGCCUUUUGUGUGGACAGUGGAACCAACCAAAGAAGAACUAAGUGAGAAGCUGAGCACAGCCACCCGAAGCAUGGAGCAUAUGAACAGCCUACUGCAUGAAACCGAGGCCACUAAUGCUGUUCUCAUGGAGCAGAUCACUCUGUUGAAGAAUGAAGUGAGACGUCUAGAGCGAAACCAGGAGAGGGAGAAGAGUGUGGCCAAUCUGGAGUAUCUGAAGAACGUCCUGCUGCAGUUCAUCUUCCUGCACUCUGGCAGCGAGAGGCAGGCGCUGCUGCCCGUCAUUCACACCAUGUUGCAGCUCAGUCCAGAGGAGAAGAGCAAACUGGCUGCCAUUGCACAAGGUGAGGAGGAAGCGACAGGUUCUCGGGGCUCAGGCUGGACCUCCUACCUCCACAGCUGGUCUGGGAUCAGAUAGACUUGAUGACCAGCCGAGUAAACAUGAAACACUGGGAGCACAGUGCAGUGGCAUUAAUGAGCCUUUUUUCUAUGAGAUCCUGUAGUAAAUAGUGAUGCUGCACAUUUGAAAUGGUUGCAGCGGGGGCAUUUAUUAUCAUUUUAGGAUGCAGUAGAUGGGACCAAGGAAUGUAAGAGAGGCAAAUGAAUGCAUGGUAGAAAUGAAGAAAACCAAAAUUUUGUAACUUUAAAUUUGCACUACAAUAAGUGCGUUAGUGUAUUACCAAUGAAAAUUACCUGUGACCAAUAUCUGUCUUCCUUAGUCUUAUUAACAUAGUGUAUUUAUACCAUUUAUUGGCAGUCAUAAGGCAUUACAAAGCAUCAUAACAACUAUAACCCCAUUAUUGGAGAAACUAAAUUUUGCACAUACAUUUUGAGAUUAGGGAUUACUCAAGGGGACAAUUGUAGAGUGGCGUAGUAUAGCUAGAAUAUUAUGAGGUGUUUGGUUACUUUGCAAAGAUCUGACUAUUGGGGUUGUGUUCUGUUUCACUUUGUACAUGUAACUGAUUAUAGGUACUAGUGAGUCAGUUCACUAUGUUGACCUUUGAAUGUUUUUCUCUACCUUAAAGGAAGCCAUUACUCAUUCCUCAUAAUUAUAAACACUAUCACAAAAGUAGUACAAUACAAAAUAUGCAUUUUGUCAGCUUUUGCCUGGAGUUUUAAAAGACAAUAAAAAAGCUUUUAAUGCUGUGUUCUUUGGAAAACAGUCAGCAUUAAUUCAUAAUGAACUAUCAGUCCAGCCCAUUUAAAUCUGUUAUGUUUAUUUUAAAAAAAAAUCUUACAGAUAAGUGUAUGUCCAAGAUUCCUAGAUUCACCUGACCAACAAAAUGUCAUAUUUGUACUUUUUUCUGAGUGGUUUUGCAGUUGUUUACUCAUGUCUGACAUUUUCAACUCAUUUACAGUAAUAUAUUUAACUCCUUGAGUUGUCAUCCUUCAUAUCCUGUAGAAAUGUUUUUCUUCUUACUGUACUUUUUUUUCUCCAGUGGUGACUGAAUCUAAUUUGAGUGUAUGUAUUGGUUCUGUUUGGUUAUGCCACAGUUAGAUCACUGAACUUGAUCUGCACAGCUGUCUUAAAGCACAGUACUUAUGAAAGCGAGAAAAUUUAUUAUUCCCCUGUCAGAAACAUUUAAACAUACUUGUGUCACAUGAAUGAAGCACAUGAAUAGAAUUUGCUUGGCCAUUUUCUCAUUCCAGUGGCAGCUUUUUUGGGGGGAUUCAUCCACCAGUGAAUGUAUUUUUAUGUGAACUUUUAUAUUUAUGAUGGUUACUGUCAGCAGAAACUAUGAGAGAUUACCAUGACUGUAAAAUGUUAUCUGUGCAAGAAUGACUAGAGUUAAGAUCCUGCCAUGUGUAUCUGUAACAAUUUCAAAGCAACUGUAAAAUAUUUCCAGCUGUACAAAAAGUUAAGUAAACAAAGAUGUGAGUGAUUACAAUACUUGGCAUUAAGUUGUGCUUAUUUAUAGACCCUAAUGCUUUUUGACAUGCUAGUCACAUAACUAUCAGCCAGAUGUGUUCUAUAAUUAGCAAAAACACUUUAGGUUUUGCAUGUAUUCAACGUGACAAAGCUAAUAAAGGUAAACACAAAUACAGUUAA